AUGAGGCUCCCGCGCCGCCGCCACCUUAUCCUGCUCGCAUGCCUCGUGGUCCUCCUCGUCGUCGCCGCCUCCGCGUCGACGGAUUCCGCCGCGGCGGUGUCCCCGGGCGUGGCGGUGGACUUCGUGCGGCGGUCGUGCCGGUCGACGGAGUACCCACGCGUGUGCGAGAGCACGCUGGUGCCCUGCGCGGCGGGCGUGGGGCGCAGCCCGCGGCGGCUGGCGCGGGCGGCGCUGGCGGUGGGCGCCGACCGCGCGCGCAACUGCUCCGCCUACAUCCACGGCGCCGACAGCGGCAGCGGCGGGGCGAUGAAGGACUGCGCGGAGCUGGCGCGCGACGCGGAGGACCGGCUGCGGCAGUCCGCGGCGGAGAUGGAGCGGAUGGGCCGCGCCGGCACGCCGCGCUUCGCCUGGUCCCUCAGCAACGUCCAGACCUGGGCCAGCGCCGCGCUCACCGACACCUCCACCUGCCUCGACUCCCUCGCGCAGCACCAGGCCCGCGGCGGUGGCAAGGACAGCGACGACGCCGUCAGGGUGAAGAGGAGGGUGGUGGCCGUCGCGCAGGCCACCAGCAACGCGCUCGCGCUCGUCAACAGGCUCCAGCCCUCGCCGCACCGGCAGAGGCUCCUGUGA